AUGAGAUCAAUCACUCCAGAUCUAGUUUAAGCUUCAAGAGAUGUUGACCCAGCUCAGGCUCAAAUCUUUUAAAAUGCCUCAAUGAUAUAAUCCUUCAACCUUAAUAAUACUUCAUUAACAAACUCACUGAUAAUGAACUCAGGUCUAUAAAGUCAGAAGUCUCUUAUAAAAACUACUCCUUAGCAGAUAAGUAAAUCGACUUUAAAAUUAAGUCGUAACGUUCACUCAAGUAAAAGCAUUGAAAGAUCUGGGAGUAAAGGGCAUUUAAAUCAGAAUAUUGGAGGUUCUUUUGGCAUGAAUAAUCACAAUGGCAGUGGAUCUUAAAAUCCAGUGUUAACCAAGCAAACAAUACAAAAUAACACGAUAGCUAGUCUAGGAGGAGGAGCAAGUGAUAACAAUUCAAGCAUCAAUGGCUUAACAAAUGGCUUUUAAAAUAACAUAAUUAAUCAGCAAAAUACAAACUCAAUAGGCAGUCACAUUUAAAGUGGGAGAACAAGUGCUAAAUUCAAAUUAGAGGAUGAUGUCCUUUUUAGAGGUAAAUAUAAAGCAUUGAAGGCAGAGAAUAAAAAACUUAAGGAACUGCUUAGGACUAAUGAGUCUAUUUUAGGAAGCAAAAUUAACGAAUCAAAAUACGAAUAAUAGUAGACAGUAGCUUUGUGUAAUUUAAUAUUCCCUAUAAUUUCUGGAGUUCUUGGUGCAAAAAAUUUCUAAAACCCUAAUUCACCUUAGCCUAAAACUUUCAGUGAACUUAUAAAUUAGCUAGAGGAGCUUCAUCAAGCCAUAAAAAAAGGAUCCAUCGGGAACUUAGUUGUAGAUUUUUAAGUAGCAAAAGCUGAAUUAAGCAUAAUAAAAAAAGAGAAUGAUCAAUUAAAGCAGGACAAAGCGAAAUUCGAUUCUUAAGUAGAAAGCUUCAAAUAGACAAUAAUGAGAAAUGAAAUUCUUCAUAAGUAUAAGAUCAAUAGAUUUAUCUACCAAGUAAGAGAACUGAAAUCCUUGAAGAAACAAGUGGCUUCAUACUUCACGAGUGAUCAAAACAACUACUAAAUCUUUAGUAGAUCAAACUAACAUAAAACAGGUGCUGAUACCUAAAUGCAAAACUCUUAAAAUAAUGCUAAUCGUCCACUAUCAUUUUCAAAUCAGACAUUGAAAGAAGAUAAUAAUAUGAUAAACUAUACUAGUCCCUAAUAGAAUCCUCUGCCCUCAUUUUUAAGAGUCUUGGCCGCUGAAGAGCUGCUUGAGGAUAGAGAAUAUGAAUAAGAUAGAAAUAUGGGUCAUAUAGAUUCUCCUUCAUUCAUCAACAGAAAUGAAAAGUUAGAGAAUGAAAUGUCUUCUCAAGAAUAGCAGAAUUAAAUAUAACAAUAGCAACCUGUACAUUAGUAGGAGAAGUAAGAAAAAUAGGCUGAUAUUAAAAAAAGUAAAAUAAGCAAUCAGUUCCCAAUCUAAGUCACAAAGGAAACAAGAUCUAGGUCUCACUUGCUAGAUGCUUCUAAAAAUACCAGCAUCCCAGAAAUUUCAUCUCAAGAUCUAGGCCCAAAGAAAUAUCAGCAAUAAGUAAUUAAUCUUAACAAUAUGAAAGGACUCCAUUUCCACCAGCAAAGUAACAACUAUAUAGGCAGUGGACAGAUCAGCAUGACUAGUCAAAACCAAAAUGAUAUUAUUUUGACUUAGCCAAGUCAAAUAUAAAUAAUAACUCAGGCACAACAAAGAAGGAAGCAAGAGCUAGGUGAUGGUAGUGAAACCUAGAGAGUUAACAAAAACGACAUUAAGGUAGAAAUGAAAAAGGACGAUAGAAAGUCAAGUUUCUCACCUUCAAUCUUUGUGAGGAGAUAUCUUCCUUUCUUCAAAUGA